AUGGGAGGGAAUUGGGAACAAAUUUCAAUUCCCACUCACCUCUACUCCAGACAUAUCUAUUUUUACUUGAAUGAAUUCUACGAAAUUAAUCUCGACAAUAUAAUCUCAAGAGUGAAAAAGAGAAAAGGCAGCCAUUAUUUAUAUAAUAAAAAUCAGCACAGGGCUGCCAUUAUCAUUGUCAUGACUUCACCACCGACGAUAAAUCUCCACCUAAGAAGUGUAACAACCACAUUAGGAGAACGUGUGAUUUUUUAUUGCCGUGUUGGCGGGCUACCGAGACCUCAGAUCCAAUGGUUAGACCCACAGGGCAAAUUAAUAAUAGACGAGUUUGACAGAUACGUGACAGUAUUUUUUGACGAUGGUCUUGCCCGGUUAGAGAUAGUAGGAGUAAAAGAAGCAGAUGCAGGUAGAUACACAUGCAUGGUCACGAAUUCAGAGGGUGAAGCAUGCACCAGCGCACUUCUCAAACUGGUCGAACAUGUACCACACAGCUCCGACAAGAGGAAGCUUUACUGACUGGCUG